GAAUCUCGAUGCAACCGAAUCUUAUGAUGCCGAUCUCGCAUUCCUUCAAGGCUUAAAGGGAUACGAUUGGACAUUCAGGAAACCCAAAUGCAGAUGGGGUAAGGCCCUGAAACUGCAGUUGUGGGGCACCCUUGUAGCGGUCUGUCUGUUCAUCGGCCUACCCGCGCUGUGCUUGAGCUUGUUCGUGGUAGGUGCUUGCUCGCUUGCUGCUCAUGUGUAUGAGUACUGGCAUGUGCGUUGGUAG